AUGGCCCAAUCCAAUGGAGAGUUGGAGCACUCGAAAGAGGUUCCCCCGACUUCCCAGGACCAGACCAAUGGCGACCACCCCGAGGGUGUGGAGGAUGAUAAUGCUGGUGGCCUUUUCCAGAUCUCCGUGAAGCUGCCCCAUGAGCCUUACAAGAUUCAGGUCAUGGUGUCCAGCCAAGAACAGGUUCAAGAUGUCCGCCAAUCUAUCGUCGAGCUGCCUGGCACCUUCCAGUACACAUGCUUCCACCUCGAAUUCAACGGAACUCGCAUCAACGACUUCAUUGAGCUGUCCGAGGUGCCGGACCUGCAGGCGGAUUCCGAAAUCACUCUGGUGGAGGAUCCCUACACCGAGAAGGAGGCCCGCAUGCAUGUUGUGCGAUUGAGGGAGCUUGUCGGUGCGGCGGGCGACCGGGUGGACAGCCUACAUGGUAUCUCUGCCGGCCUCUCGCUGCAUGACGAUAUCUCUGCUGAGGCUGCCCUCGCAGUCGAGUCCGAGAAGGACCACUCGCUGCUCAAGUACGACCUGACUGGACCCUCAUCGCUGCAGACCAUUCUGCCCAAGCCCGAAUCGCCUCUGCCGAAGACUGUCAAGUCUAUCUCGCUGUCGGCAUGGAACCCGGUGCCCUACCACCUCCGCCAGAAGGGGCACCUGCUCUACCUCCAGGUCCUCACCAACGAGGGCGAGCAGUUUCAGAUUACUGCGCACGUGUCGGGAUUCUUCGUCAACAAGAACUCCAACACCAGAUUCGAUCCUUUCCCUAAGCCCAUGCCCAAGGGAAUCAAGGGCAGCGCCCACUCUCUCCUUACUUUGAUCUCCCAGUUGUCCGCCUCUUUCAAUACUUCCUUCGAGGCCCUCCAGGAGUCCAACAACCAGAAGGACCUCCUGACCACCUUCCCCUUCCAGAACGCCAUCCCCAACAGCCCAUGGCUCGUCGCCCCGGUGUCAUCUAGUCAGAACGCUCACCAGCCCGACCUUACCCGCUCUCAAGAGAGUUACCUGAUCUCUGGCGUGGACAACGCCGAGACCCUGCGUGACUGGAACGAGGAGUUCCAAACUACCCGCGAGCUGCCUCGCGAGACUGUCCAGGACCGUGUCUUCCGCGAGCGUCUGACCUCGAAGCUGUUUGCUGAUUAUAAUGAGGCUGCUGCCCGUGGUGCUGUUCUGGUUGCUCGUGGCGAGGUUGCUCCUCUGAACCCUACCGAGGCCCGUGAGGCCCAGAUCUUCGUCUAUAACAACAUCUUCUACUCCUUCGGUGCUGACGGUGUUGGUACUUUCACCUCCGAGGGUGGCGACGAGGCCGCCCGCGUUGCUGUUGGCAAGGAUGUUCUGGGUAUCAAGGCCGUGAACCAGCUCGAUAUUCAGGGUCUGUUCACCCCUGGUACCAUAGUUGUUGACUACCUUGGCAAGCGUAUUGUUGGACAGAGUAUCGUCCCUGGUAUUUUCAAGCAGCGUGAGCCGGGUGAGCACCAGAUCGACUACGGUGGUGUUGAGGGCAAGGAGGUUGUGGCUACCCACCCUGACUUCAAGCCCGUUUUCGAGAAGCUUUCCAAAGCUCUUCGGGUUAAGCAACACCCAGUUUGGGACAAGGAUGGCAAGCGCCAUGACCUCGAGGGCAGUGUUGAGACAAAGGGUCUUUUGGGCACUGAUGGACGCAAGUAUGUCCUCGACCUUUACCGCGUGGCCCCCAUGGACGCCACCUGGCAAGAGGAAGACGGCAGCGAUGUCUACCCUCAUCGUAUGUCAGUUUUGCGUUUGGAACUCGUUGAGUCAUACUGGCGCCUCAAGAUGAGCGAGUAUGUGAAGGCUGAGGUCGAGCGCCGCCGUGCCGAAAAGGCCGACAGCAAGACCGAAGAGGACGCCGAGGAGAAGCCCGAGGAGUCUGCGGACCAGGAGCGUGUUGACAUCUCCGGAUUCCAGCUUUCGCUCAACCCCGAUGUCUUCAGCGGCCAGGUUCCCCAGACUAAGGAGGAGAAGGAGCAGUGGGCUGAAGACGAGAAGGAGGUCCGCAGUGCAUGCGACCACCUGCGCUCCAAGAUCAUUCCUGAUCUGGUUAAGGACCUGCACGAUGGUGACGUUGGCUUCCCUAUGGAUGGCCAAUCCCUGACCCAGCUCCUGCACAAGCGUGGUAUCAACAUGCGCUACUUGGGUAAGCUGGCUGAGCUGUCCAGCGAGAAGGGCCCUCGCCUUGCGGCUCUAUCCACCCUUGUGAUCCAGGAGAUGGUUGCUCGUGCUUUCAAGCAUGUCUCUCACAAGUACCUGCGCAACGUGCCGGCUCCAUUUGUCGCUCCCUGCAUCGCGCACCUGCUGAACUGCUUGCUCGGUGCCGACGUCAACGCCGCUCCUCGCGCUGAAAUUGACGAGUCGUUGCGUGAGGUUUACCCUGAGGGUGACCUCUCCUUCGAGAAGGUCACUCCCGCCUCUCUCCGCGCUGAGAUCGAGAAGCAGGUCACUAUCCGUUACCGAUUCUCCUUGGACAAGAGCUGGGCGAACACCCUUCGCCACAUGCAGGUUCUGCGUGAUAUCUCCAUCAAGCUGGGUCUCCAGCUCGGUGCCCGCGAGUUCGCUUUCACCAAGGACCAAGUGAAGGAGGCUCCGGUCCCCGUCCCCGCCGCCAACGGAAAUGGCCACGAUGACGGCAGCAAGAACAAGAAGAAGAAGAAGGGUGGCGACAACAAGUCCCCUAGCCGUGCUCCUGUUGAGACCAAGCCUGCCUUGUCCAUCUCUGCGGAUGAUAUUCUGAACAUCGUGCCUCUUGUUAAGGAUGCCUCGCCCCGUAGUGCUCUGGCAGAGGAGGCCCUUGAGGCUGGCCGUAUCUCUCUUAUGCAGAACCAGAAGCAACUGGGCCAGGAGCUCAUUCUGGAAUCCCUUUCUCUGCACGAGCAGAUCUACGGUAUCCUCCACCCCGAGGUUGCCAAGCUGUAUCACCAGCUUUCCAUGCUCUACUACCAGACCGACGAGAAGGAGGCUGCUGUUGAGCUGGCCCGCAAGGCUGUCAUCGUCACGGAGCGCACUCUUGGUGUCGACUCUGCUGACACUAUCCUUGCCUACCUCAACCUGAGUCUGUUCGAACAUGCCUCUGGCAACACCAAGACUGCCCUGGUAUAUAUCAAGCACGCUAUGGAUCUCUGGAAGAUUAUCUACGGUGCUAGCCACCCCGAUUCUAUUACCACCAUGAACAACGCCGCUGUGAUGCUGCAGCACUUGAAGCAGUAUGCUGACUCUCGCAAGUGGUUCGAGGCCUCGCUCACCGUCUGCGAGAAUCUGUUCGGCAAGGAGUCUAUCAAUACCGCCACCAUCCUCUUCCAGCUGGCCCAGGCUCUGGCCCUGGACCAGGACUCCAAGGCUGCUGUUGGCAAGAUGCGGGAGGCCUACAACAUCUUCCUCGCUCAGCUCGGUCCCGAGGACCGCAACACCAAGGAGGCUGAGACCUGGCUCGAGCAGCUUACCCAGAACGCUGUCUCUAUCGCCAAGCACGCCAAGGACAUCCAGGCACGCCGCCUGCGCCGUGUCAACAUCAACCCCCGUGUCUCUACCAUGGGCACUCGUGUCCAGCCUCAGGUCGGCCAGACUGCUCCUGAGACCGCUGGCGCUGGCGCCGCUGACCCCAACAUGCAAAACCGCAGCAUCGACGAGCUGGUGAAGUUCAUCGAGGGUGGUGAGGCCGGUUCUUCGCGCACCAAGCAGAAGAAGCGCACUGCCAACCCCAAGCUCCGUGGCUCUAAGCAGUCUAAGGCUUAA